AUGGGGUUCCACUUCCAGCAGUACAUCGCGAUGGCCGGGCGCGCCAUCAACCCCGUUCAGUGGACGCGAACGUGGAAAAAAAUGGAAGGAAAAUCCGCGACUGAAGUCUACCGAAGCGCGCUCGACUGGACGAACAACCAGUUUGCACAGAUCUCCCGCGCAUCGCAGUACCGCGCUUGGUGGUGGGCCAACCCUCUCGGGAUGGGGCUCGUCCUCUACGGCACGUACAAAGCGUGGCACAUGAUCUACAUGGUUCGGAAGCAAAAGAAAACUGCGCAACUUGUGGCUGCUGCCUACGGCCAAGGCGGUCAGUGGCUUAACCCUGUUCCUCGAUGA